GAGAGAGAAUUUACUCAGUCGCUGCAGUCACGCUCAUUUCUCCAGAGCUCUGGCUGAGGAUGCUGCCGUCUCUCCUCCUCCAUCUCCAUGAGGAUGCUGGAGCGCGCAGAGGCGGACGCAGGCGAGCGCAUCGGGCCGCCUGAAACCACCCAUAUCUCACCGGCUAUCCUGUACCGUCACUUUUACAAACUUACAAGAACUAUGAACGGGAGUCGAUGCUGAAUUAUCUGGGCGGACCUGUUCUGUAUGCCGCCCUUCCUUCACCUCGUCAGCUGCAUCAGCUGUUGCUUUGGGAAAAGUCGAGGCGAGUCCCACUCUAAGGGCAUCGGAUACGGGCAUCACUCCACGAUGCGUCCUCUGUCUCCCUGACUCCUCCUAACACAGCGGAUGCUGCCUGCCUCAUUAAUAUUUGAUCAGCACCUGGUAUCACAGCAGCGGCUCGCCACUUCUGAUGGAGAAAGCACAGUCUCUACAAGCACAGCCUGGAUCCAAGGCGCCAGAAAGUACAGCAGAAGAUAUCUACCUCACGGACGAAGAGCUCCUCCAAUGGAGCAAAGAGGAGUUGGUGCAGCGACUCCGAAGGUCUGAAGCCGAUAAAAUGAGCGUCAUUCUGGAUCACAGUAAUCUGAUUCGGGAGGUGAACCGCAGCCUCCAGCUGCAUCUGAACGAGAUCCGGGGGCUGAAGGAGGUAAACCAGAAGCUGCAGGACGACAAUCGGGAACUGCGAGACCUCUGCUGUUUUCUGGACGAUGACCGGCAAAAGGGCAAGCGAGUGUCGCGCGAGUGGCAGCGUCUGGGCCGCUUCAGUGCCAGCGUUAUGCGUAAGGAGGUGGCACUGUACCUUCAGAAGCUGACAGAAUUGGAGCGCAAGCAGGAAGAGGUCAUUCGGGAGAACCUGGAACUUAGGGAAAUUUGCCUGCUGAUAGACGAGGAGAAAGGGGGCAGUGUAGGGGAAGGGGGCCAAAGUGGCACGGGGUCCGUUGGGUGCCGCAACUCCAUUGAUAGCCAGAGUGGGCUCUUGGUACCCGGCUUGAUGCGGGACGUGGGGGACGGAAGCAGCACUUCUAGCGCUGGAAGCGCAGACAGCUCUGAGCAUCCACACCAUAAGCAGCCACAGCCACCGUCUAGCGGAGGACCUGGGAAUAAAAGCCCAGAGAUCCAGAAGGCUCGCCUUGGGAAAAGAGGGGAAGGAGAUCGGGUGGAGAUCUCUAGCCCUGACCCUCCCGUCCGACACAGAAGCACCAGCCUGGAGUAUCCCUUCGUACUGCCCCAGCCCUGCCGACCACGCUGUGGCUCCAUAUCUGUGCCUGACCAUCGGCUGAUUAGAGGGCUUAGUCCGGAAAAAUAUGGUCGAUCCCUUGGUCACCGGAGUCCAGAGACUCAUCCAAAGCACCAUCUGGCUCCAGGACAACCAAUGAGUCCUGAGCUCUACAUCCAGAGGCACAGGGGCAGCUUAGGAAGUGGGCCUGGGAGUCCAGAAGCUAGACACCUGCUGCUAGGAACGUCAGAGCUCCACCAUGACAAAAGCAAGCUGGGAGGAAGUAGUCCUGAGAUGUUGAGGCACCAGUACAGCAUGAGCCCUGAACAUGGGAAGUUUGGCAGCCCUGGUAGAGAGACGUCACCUCGGAGGUUGGCAGGAGAAGAGCUGUCGCCACACCAUCGGAGCCUUUACAAUGGUGUGAAUGCUUUGAUAUCAGCAGGAUGUUGCAGCAACAACUGCAGGAACGUGAAGCUCUGGGACAGAAAAAAGAAACUAAUACAGGGUUGGAACAAAACAGAGUUUUGAUGGCUCCUCUUGACCACGCCGUUGACCGGAGGUAUGGCUUGACUCAGGGGCCCCAGGAGUCCCGCUCUCACCAGGCACAUAUUCCAUCCCUUCACCUCGACAGUCAGGCCCCAUUUGAGUUUUCAUAACAGCAGUCGCUUUGUAGGACCCUCUGGUGCAAUCAUUCGAACGGGGACUGGAGCGAGACCCAGGAUGUUUUCGGGUGAAAGACGACGCUCGCGCAAACCACAGAAACAGACACACCCACGCACGACUAUGAGAAUCUAAAUGUCUCCUGUGGUUUACAGAUGUUUAACAGUACUGCAUUUGGGUAAUCAAACACUCGAGCCGUCCCUCUCUCUAUAUCGGUGUCUCUCUGUAUCAUCCUGAGUAGCAAUAGGACACAAGAAACACAAUGCUGUGGCUUCUCUGAAGGUGCUUCCCUGCCCUUGAUGUUUAUUUAUGCAGUUUCUUUUCAACCAAAGCAGUUUGAAAUAUCUCUAACCAUGCAUCUAUGAUGGAGUAUCAGUAUCAUGUUUGCUAGUUUUUCCAUAUCUUGGAUUGUUUUUUAUUUUUACAUGCGAGGUGUUUCUGAACACCAACGAAAGCAGAAUGGACUCUGUACAUGUUGUCAGUGGCUGAAUAACCUCAUCAGUGUUUUCACUGAUCCUGUGUGUGUAUGUGUGUGCGUGUGUGUGUUUAUUGGCUUUAUUAUUCCUUCCCUUCAAGCUCCUGUAUAUAAGCUAAUGAGGUGUUUCUUCAUGUUGUUUUAUAUACAGAAAUACAACAUAGUACAAUAGUAAAUUAAUGGAUUAGUUUUAUAUGCAUAUAAUGACUAUUAUUUUUGACUUACAGUUAUUAUUAUACCGAUAAUAAUAUGAAUAUAUCUAUGUGCAAAAUAUUAAAGGAUUUUCAUUAUGUA